AUGACUUCCCCGACUCCACCCCCUCCUCCGCCUGCCCCGAUACAACAACAGAGCCAGAACCAACCCAAGUACUCCCACCGCGCGGCCAAUGCCCUCGCUAGGUUCGCCCAGCCUUUCUUGUCAGGUUCUCGGCCACCCAGUCCGCACGGCACCGGGGCUCGUACAGAGCCUGCUGCUGUCCGUUCUACAAGGCCCGGCGCAUCUCAGACAAUCACCCAUAAGACAGGCAUUUCGAUUGCUGCGUUGGAUAUCUCCCCGCAACGGACACAUGCAGUGAUUGGAGGGAAAGAGAUUCUGAAAACGAUCCGCGUCCUGCCGGAUCAUUCGUCGGAGGAAUUCAAUUUACGCAAUGCUAUCAUCGGUUACUCCUCGACCCAUGGCGUCGGCAGCGGGCUUUCCGCGCGGCACAAGGAGCAGCUGACGGUUAAGGAUGUGAAAUGGUCACAUGGACCCUACGAACAGAUAAUUGCCACCGCGGUGGCCAACGGCCGCAUAGUCGUUUAUGAUCUACAUCGAACCGGCUUGGAGUACUGCAGGUUUCAGGGCCACAGCCGCCAGGUUCAUCGCCUAGCCUUCAACCCGCACCAGCCAGCAUGGCUUCUCUCCGGUAGUCAGGACGCCCACAUACGGAUGUGGGAUUUGCGUUCCGUGCCAAUGGAUAGUGGUGUCUCAGUGUGUGGAAGUAGGGACCACUAUAACGGCAAUAGCGACGCUGUCCGUGACAUCAGGUGGUCUCCCGGCGACGGAGUCUUGUUUGCGGCUGCCACAGAUAGUGGCGCAAUCCAGCUAUGGGAUAUUCGCAAGUCGAAUGGUCCUCUCAUGCGGAUAACUGCUCACGACAGGCCUUGCUAUUCCGUAGACUGGCAUCCGGACGGGAAGCAUGUUGUCAGCGGCGGCACAGAUAGACAAGUCAAGGUCUGGGACUUUUCAGCAAACGCUGAUCGCAGGCAGAAACCUCUAUUCCAGUUUCGAACUCCUCAGGCGGUUCUCAAUGUCCGCUGGCGUCCGCCUUCGUGGUCCAGAGAGACGGACAGUUCUGGCGACUGGCAGUCAUCACAGGUAGUUACCUCUUACGACAAAGAGGACCCGCGGGUUCAUUUGUGGGAUUUCCGUCGGCCUCAUAUUCCAUUCCGAGAGUUUGACCGAUAUGACUCAACCGCCACGGAUUUACUUUGGCAUUCCAAAGACCUUCUGUGGACUGUAGGUGAUGGCGGUGUCUUCACUCAGACCGAUGUACGUUAUGCGCCUCAGGUGGUAAACCGGCGUCCAACCUGCUCGGUUGCCUGGAGUCCCAGUGGCGAGGUUCUCGCUUUUUCCCAAAGGCGUCCUAGGAGGAGUAUCCGAGGUCUCAGUACAAACGAAUUCAUUGGCUACUCCGAAGAAGAGGAUACUGCUGGUGAGACGCUGAGCCAAAGCGCUGCUGAUGAGGCGGUUGUUGAUGAGCCCUUGUUUGCUUCUAUUCGACCUCGACAUAGUAAGUCCAGUAGUAUCCGUACAUCCAAAUCUCUCGGCAGCACUCCACCGGCAACUACAGACCUCGUUCCCAUACUCCCGCUUGAAAGACUUCUCUCGAAAGAGACAUCCCCGGCUUUGAGCCAGAAAGGGGUGUGGGUAAGCGUUCCAGGAGCUACAAUGGAUCGAGAAACGUUCCAGUACCUUGCUCGCGAGUAUUCGCCCCUCCUUCAGAACCAGCUCUAUGGCAUGCAGACAGGACUUCUACUGCCACUAUUAGAUUCGCUCAUCCAUAAUGCUCAGCGUGCCGAAGACGUUGCAUUGCCUAAAUUGGCUCAAACCUGGCGCGUAAUGGAAUACGCCAUAGUCCAGGAGCUGCAAUCAAGGGAAAGAGAGCAACGCCAGGCGCCGGAAAAGGGCAUCCACAGUGUUAAAAAGAAAACAUCUUUGGAUGACCCAAUGACGGAGAAAGCCCGAAACCUUGAGGAUGCGAGGCAUGAAAAGAUGAAGACUCGCUUCUUCAAGGGGGUCAUAGAGAGCGAAGCCCCUAAAAAUCCUCUCGCUGAUCUUGAGAGUGCUUCGAGCAUGACCACGCCUCUUGCUCGACCGUUACCGGAUUCGCCUCCAGAUUCGUAUGACAGCUCCGGUUCUCCAUUCAGGUCUUUAGAUGAUGCUGAAGACAUUCAACCUCUCCCACCUUCAGUUUUGAGCUCGAACCAGGGCACCAUGGCUUCAAACGACUGGUCAUCAAUGUCAGACAUUGACUCCCGGUCUAUUGAUCAACGUCAGCAUCGGGAGUCUAACGCCAGUGAAAAUGUGCGCAUACCGUCAAACAGUCCGCCGGUUGGUCGCCGUGAUUCGGUGCCGCACGAAGCCGAGGAAGAACAGAGGUCUGCCCCAUUGGCAAUUGCUGGAAGAGCUGAUUGGUAUAACCGCGGUCGACCUCUGCUAAAAAAACAGUUAUCGGACGUGGACGAAUUUGACCAGCAGAUGGAAGACAAAAGGGCUGCUAUUCGUGACUACAAGUAUUUCCCCAAAAAGCCUCUGUCUCUAGAGGCACAUACGGGUCCCAUCAAACCGGGCUUCUAUCGGCACGAAUCCACAGAAAGCUUUCCAAUGUUUUCCGCAUCGACCACGAGUUCCCACCCCAGCAAAUCGCCGGCCACGUCGUUCACCUCUGCAGCUAGGCUUCAUGAUGCACCUGAAGCAGGCGGCAACAGUCACGAUGUACACGCCAGGAAUGAUACACUAUUAAGGACCCGCAGCGAUUCGAUAAUCACCGCCAGUUCUAUUCCACAAGAAGAAUACGAUGUCGACGAAACGUAUGAAGAGAAUUCCGCUGCCAACUGUCAUCUCCAUCUUGACAGACCAUCCACUCCGCCUCCGCUUUUGAAGGAAUCCACACCCUUGAAGCCUCCGACCCAUGAAGAUGAAGGUGUCGCGGUAUCGACAGACCGUGCUUUAACUGCUGGGCCCAAUUUGCCGGAUGGCUUUCCUCUCGUCUCCAUUCCAAUACUCUCUGACCAAACAAGCAAUAACCCUUGGAAUGCGGAAUUGCUGUUGAAGGAAGCAAUCAGACACUAUCACAGUAGUACCGACGUUGAUAUUCAAUCUGCUGCCCAUCUGCUCCAGAAGCUGCAUAUUCUAUAUGGGGACAGCGAGAAUAUUUUAUCGGUCGAGGAGAGCGAGGCUAUAUUCAGAGCGUAUAAUGAAGCGCUCGUACGUCAGUCUAUGUACUUGGAAGCAGCCGAGCUUCGGUUGCUCUGCGUGCCGUCGUACCCCGCUGUCUAUGAGUAUGCUCAAGGAGACACCUACAUGAACGUGUUUUGCUUUACGUGCAAACGACCAUAUGAAAAUCCUAAGAAUGACAGUACCCGCUGCCACCGAUGCAGUACUCCACAGGAUCCUUGCACUAUCUGCAUGAGCCUUGAUCCGCCCCCAGAGUGGGUUGCGGAGCAGAGUACCUUGGCCCUCGACGAAGCCCACGAUUUGGAUUCGGAUUUCACCUCCCACCUUCUUUCAUCAUCCAAUUCCUCGCUCAAGACGGAGCCCAUCCCCUCUUCCGAACUGGAGCGCAUUGACGGAGUAACCCUAGAACCCUAUGGACGCGCUCGCGCGAAGGGAACCAAGCUCUGGUCUUGGUGUCAGGGCUGCGGCCACGGCGGCCAUCUUGCCUGCAUAAGCACGUGGCUCAAGGACAUUGACGUGAGUGAAGGCGGAUGCGCAACCCCCGGCUGCAUGCAUGACUGCGGCCCAGGCCCGCGCCGUGAGCACAACCGCCGAGUCCUCCUCGAGGAGACGAAGAAGCGCGACAGUGCCAGUCGCAAAGCUGGCGUCGGCUUCGUCAAGCGCGACACCUGGGCCAAGGGCGAGAGCAAGGCCGUUGAAAAGGUGCGAGGCAUGCUGGGCGCUGGUGCUAAUGCCGGUGCUGUCGCUGCGACGGGGGUCGCGUCGGCUUCUACCACCGCGGCAACAAGCGCGGCUCCCAGUGCGACUUCGUCGAAUAUGAUGUCGUCGCCGAAGAAAGUGCGCCUUGUUACUCCUAGUGAGCAGGAAAGGCCGCUUAGGACGGCCUCUACGCGGACAAGUUUUGGUUGA